CAUGAAAGUAUUACCAAUCUGUUAAAUGUAUUAAGGCUGAAACCUCUCUAAAUACCAAGAAACUGUUAAACCAUUUUAAAGCAAAAUGGGGACCAUCAAGUCAGGAUGGCUACAAAAGCUAAGUGGGUUUUUCAAAAACACUUGGAAGAAGAGAUAUUUCGUUUUAUAUCAAAGUGGCGACUUUUGCUAUUACCAAGAUCCACACGACAAAGAAGUGGAUGGAAAGAUUAACAUGAAAACAGAAUGUCGUCACAUAGCAGUCGGACAUUCUGUUGGCGAAGGAGUAAAGGCACCAAAAGAUGUCGAUGCUCUCUUUAGCGUAGUUUCUACCGAAAGAACGUUUUAUUUAGUAGCUGAUUCAGCAAGUGAAGCAAGGGAAUGGGUGACUGCAUUAGAACAAGCUAGAGCCCCAAUAUCAUAUGGAGCCAACUUCAGCACAGGACAAGCCCCACAGCAAGCACCUUACGGCUAUAACUCCCAUCCCUCAGCACCAGUUGGACCUCCACCUCCUUACAGUCAAGCUGCACCAUAUCCAAUGCCAAACCCCCAAAGCGCAUACCCACCACCAGGUCAACCCUACCCACCACAACCACAUUAUCCACAAUACCCACAACAAGGCUACCCACCGCAACCAUACCCACAACAGCCACCACCACCAGGAUAUUCUGCACCUCCACCAGCAGCAUACCCACAGCCAUAUUAUCAACCAGGUACUACAGGCUAUGCCCGAGGACCAGCACCACAGACAGUAUAUGUUCAAAACCCCAACCAAGGGCAUAAGAGUAGUCGAAAUAAGAUGAUGAUGGGAGCUGGUGCUGGUGCUUUGGGUGGUGCAGCAAUGGGAUACAUGUUGGGUAGAGCUACAGGGGGCUUUGGCCAUGGGUGUCAUGGCUAUGGAGGAUGGGACUCGGAUCAUUCCUGGUCAUCAGGAGGGAGCUUUGAUUGUGACUUUGACUGAAACAGUCAAUUACUAAAUACACUAAUAGAAUAAUGCAGGGCUUAAAAUAACGGCCAAUCAUUCACUGGUCAUGAACACAGGACAAAAUUAGUUUUAGCUUGCUGGUCAAAAUGAACAGCAAGGCAAAGAUUUGACAGCUGACAAGUCCCACUUCUGGCCCAAUAUUGUCUGAUAUCUAGCCAUUAUUGUAAGCCCUGAUAAUGUAAGAAUUUUGUGGGUAGGAUAAAAUAUAAAACCAAUUUUUUUUAACCUGUGAAAUAAAAUCCGGUAGUCUUGGUUUAAAAGUUAAAAGAAAGCAAAAAAAUACAACAUAAGACAAAUGCAAGGUGUCUAUUUCACAGGUUAGAUAAAAUUAAUGUAUGAUAAGGUACUGAAGUGUGACAUCAUCAAAUUCCAAACUUUGCAAAUGUUGUACUAUGCCAACUGUUGCAAGUUAGAAAUGGACUAUUGGACAUUUAAUCUCCAAAAUCCCUAUACAUUUUCUGUGAUUUUGCACUGGACAGAACUAAUUCCUUUACAACCAGCACCAAAUAAAAGAAGAUGUAUGGGUAAUAUUUUUACAUUAAAUUACCUAUGUCUCAGCUGUUUUUUUUUUUUUUUUUU